UGUCCCCCGAAAACUGGCCCGGGACAGCGCAAUUCAAGUUUUGAGACCGAAGACUCCACUCCAGACAUGGCGACUUGAGCGAGAAAUGAGCUGCAGAUUUGUGGAGAAGAGCACAAAGAGACGGCAAAAUGAGAGCUGAGUUCAAAUCCUGAUGGUUACUUCAGGGCUGAGGAGAAGAAUACCAAGUGAAGCUCACACACCUGAAUCAUGGAGGAGUCAGAGGACAGAGGCAGAAUGACGAGCCAGCAGACCCUCUGCGCCCCCAGCGACGCCACCAACAAGACCUGCCUCUCCUCCCUCAAAUUGUUCCUCAUGGCGUUGUCGUUUUCGUUCUUCUCCAAAGCGAUGACCGGGUCGUACAUGAAGAGCUCCAUCACGCAGAUCGAGAGGCGCUUCGACCUCUCCACCUCCCACGUCGGACUCAUCGACGGCAGCUUCGAAAUGGGUAACCUGUUAUUGUUAGCAGUCGUCAGCCAUUUUGGGGCCAAACUGCAUCGGCCGAGGCUCAUCGCUGCUGGUUGUACCCUGAUGGCUGUGGGGUCGCUGCUCACUGGACUCACACAUUUCUUCAUGGGACGGUACGAGUACAGUUCUGUGGUUCAGGUUUUACAUAACGACAGUGUGAGUGUGACGGCCUGUGUGGAUCCUCUGAUGGAGCCGGAGCUUCAGACCCAGACCCAGACAGUAGAAGAAGACAGAGCCGCCUGUGUGAGAGACUCCGGCUCCUCCAUGUGGGUGUACGUGUUCUUGGGAAAUGCCUUACGUGGGAUCGGAGAGUCUCCAGUCACUCCGCUGGGAAUCUCCUACAUCGACGACUUCGCUGAAGCCGAGAACUCCCCCUUCUACAUCGCUUGUCUCCAGACCAUCGCUGUCCUCGGGCCCAUGUUCGGUUUCCUUUUGGGGUCGCUCUGUGCCAAACUCUACGUGGACAUUGGAUUUGUGGAUAUGGACAGCGUUUCGAUCACCCCCAAAGACUCUCGGUGGGUGGGGGCGUGGUGGUUGGGCUUCCUCGUCUGCUCCAGCCUCCUCCUCAUCUCCAGUAUCCCGUUCUGGUUCCUGCCGCGCUCUCUGUCCAAAGCCAAACCCGCCGCUGUGUCCGAAUGCAGGUCCGAACCUUUCCUGGACCAAAAGCGAGAUUUAAAACUCAAAGACAUCGCUAAAGCCUUCCUCCCGUCUCUGAAGCGUCUGCUGGGGACUCCCACCUACUUCCUGCUCGUCUGCGGCAGCGUCCUGAGGGCCAACUCUCUGAUCGGACUCAUCACUUUCGCCGCUAAAUACAUCGAGCAGCAGUUUGGACAGUCCGCGUCCCGAGCCAACUUCCUCAUCGGAGUGCUGAACCUUCCCGCUGUGGCUCUGGGGAUCUUCUUAGGAGGUCUCCUGAUGAAACGGUACAAGCUGAGUAUCGUGUCGGGGGCACAGCUCUCCUUCGCCUCGUCUUUCAUGGCUUAUCUCCUGCUCCUGCUGCAGUUUGGAACCAAGUGUGAAAACAUCCCCGUGGCCGGACUCACCAUCUCCUACAACGGUACCCACGGCAUCCAGCAGGGCGGCUCUCUCCUGUCGGACUGUAACAGCGACUGCAUGUGCUCGUCCGAGGAGUGGGACCCCGUGUGUUCAGACAGUGGCAUUACAUACGUCUCCCCGUGUUUGGCCGGAUGCAUCAGCUCCUCUGGAUACGGCAAGAACACUGUGUUUAAUAACUGCAGCUGCGUGGACAUGUCGUACCCGGCGGGCAGCAGCAGCUCGGUGAAGUUGGGCCAGUGUCCUCACGCCAAAGACUGCACCCGGAGCUUUAAGUCCUACAUGGCCGUGUCUGUGCUCAGCUCCUUCAUCGCCUCGCUGGGGAUCACUCCAGGAUACAUGGUCAUUAUCAGAUGCAUCGUCCCUGAGCUCAAAUCGCUGGCUGUCGGUGUAGAGACGCUGGUAGCGAGGACUCUGGGUGGGAUUCCUGCCCCUGUUUAUUUCGGAGCCUUGAUCGACUCGACUUGUCUGAAGUGGGCCGUUAAAAAGUGUGGAGGAAGAGGAGCGUGUCGCAUUUAUGACUCUGACAUGUACAGGAUCAUCUUUCUGGGUUUAACCACAGGACUAACUGGUUCUUCAUACAUCUUCAUCAUCGCGGUCAUCGUCCUCCUCAGACGACAGUACAAAAAACCAACGGCCGAACAGCAAGACCCCGUCAAAGGCGUCGAGCUCCGCAAGCCAACAACCUCCGCUCAAGUCUGCUCAUGUGUCCCCAAAACUGCAAAACUCCAACAGGAAGGUACUGCAAAAGCCACAAGAGAAGCCACAAGAGAAGCCUCAAAACCAGCGCAAGCCCAGCGUCCACCAGGGGGCAGUAGUCCUGUAACGGAGGAUGGCACCAGCGCAACCACGUCGCAAAAUCAGGAGACGGGCGUCAGCGAGAAAUGAACUCUUUGGGUUUUGACUUGUGUUAGUCACGUUACGACUCCUUUUCUUGUAAAGUUCUGAAGAAAACACAUUAAUACCGAUGUUUUUAGUGCUGGACGCUACUACAGAUUAUUACU